UGUUUUUCAUGGACCGAGGGUGUCUGUGUCGAUGGUUUUUAUUCGUUUCCACAGAGACCUCCCAGCAGUUGCACUCCAUCAUGCUGGUCUGGAGCUCCCCCUCCCCCCUGUGGGCAGGCACUCUGUGAAGAACCCGUACCCGCCUGCUGGGGCCGCCUUGCAGCCCGGCGUGGCCAAUUCGCCCCUGGCCCUGUACACCAGCCGGCCGCUGCCGGCCUUCGCGGCCGAGCCGGGGCAGCUGACGGCGAGGGGCCGCGAGCUGAUGGGGCACCUCGGUGGCCGCC